AUGCCUGGUAUAGGGUAUUCAGUGAUCGCUGUGACUGCCCGCGAUUCGCCGUGUUUUGGUUUUUGCGACAACGUAGCCGCUUUGACUUCUCCCACAUCCACGCUGGCUAUGGCGCACUGACCAUGCCCAUAAUUGAAUUAGCGCCACUGAUUGACUCCUCCGACCCAAGCAACGAUGCAGCAUUGGAUCUACGCCUACAAGCUGCUGCUCUGCACGGUCUUCCUCCUGUUGCUACUGCUGCUGGCGCCUGAUGUCAGUGCUCAAAAGCAAUUCACAAAGGCGCGGAAGCUGGAGCUGAGGGAGGACGUACGCCGCAUGUUCCAGCACGCCUACGAAGGCUACUUGCGACACGCCUCCAACUACGACGAGUUGCGUCCGCUAACAUGCGACGGCCACGAUACAUGGGGCAGCUACUCGCUGACACUGAUUGACGCCCUGGACACGCUGGCCGUCAUGGGCAACUUCACGGAAUUCCGGCGCGUUACUCACUUGCUGGAGCAGAAAAUGAACUUCGAUCGGGACAUCAACGUGUCCGUGUUCGAGACGAACAUUCGCAUCGUUGGCGGCCUGCUUUCCGCCCACUUGUUGUCCAAGCGUGCCGGCAUUGUUUUGGAGCAGGGCUGGCCCUGUCAGGGCCCUCUGCUCCGUUUGGCGGAGGACGUGGCCAAGCGGCUGUUGCCCGCCUUUGAUACGAAUACGGGCAUGCCGUAUGGAACGGUGAACCUGCGCUACGGCGUGCCCAAGGGCGAGACUUCAAUCACGUGCACGGCUGGAGUUGGCACUUUCCUCAUCGAGUUCGGCACGCUAAGUCGGCUGACCGGCAAUAGCAUUUACGAGGAGGUGGCCAUGCGGGCGGUUCACGCUCUCUGGUCUCACCGUUCGUCCAUCGGUCUUUUUGGCAAUCACAUCGAUGUGCAGAGCGGACGCUGGACGGCUUUAGAUUCGGGCAUCGGCGCCGGUGUAGAUUCCCUCUUCGAAUACCUUGUAAAGGCAUCCAUGCUGCUCAACCGGCCCGAGCUGCUGGAACUCUUCCACGAGGCCCGCGCGUCCAUUGACAAGUAUAUGCGCAAGGAGGACUGGUACGUGUGGGUCGGCAUGAACAAGGGCCACGUCACCCUGCCCGUCUUUCAGUCGCUCGAGGCCUUUUGGCCCGGUAUACUCAGCAUUGUAGGCGACACAGAGCCAGCGCUGCGCACCAUUUCACGGUACAUUGGUGUAUGGAAAAAGUACGGCUUCCUGCCGGAGUUUUACAAUAUAGCUGCGGGUGAGGCGUCGCCCAAUCGAGAGGUGUAUCCACUGCGGCCGGAGCUUAUCGAGUCGGCAAUGUAUCUGUAUCGGGCGACGCGCAAUGAAUACUUGCUGGAGCUGGGCGAACACAUGCUGGAGACCAUUGAGUUUAGUGCCAAGACCAAAUGCGGAUAUGCCACGAUUCGCAACGUUGUCACCCACGAGAAGGAGAACCGCAUGGAGUCGUUUUUCUUGGCGGAGACGAGCAAGUACCUGUAUCUGCUCUUCGACGAGGACAACUUCCUGCAUGACGACGGCUCAGGCGGCGAGCUACUCUCCACAGAAGAUGAUGUCUGUGUGGUGCAGGCCGGCGCCUAUAUCUUCAAUACGGAGGCCCAUCCUAUGGACAUGUCGGCAUUGCAUUGCUGCCACGCUCACAAAGAGGACAUAUAUGCUGGCUUGGAUCUGCAGCGUUUUAGUGCUCGUUCCAUUUUUGAGAGGAGCAGGGAGCGACAGGUGGCAAUGCACGAUCAGUGGACACCGCAGUGUCAUGUAGAGAACUAUGAGCAUUACUACGAGCAGGAGAGGGAGAUCGAGAAAGCCAAAACAGGCCAAGAGAGUAGCAGCAGCAAGGAUACUCAAGAGUCAGCAACCACAACCAUGGCCGUGGACAUUGAAGUGUUCGAUGAGUUCCAACAGCCCGCCGGCGAUGUGCUGGUGAGCAACUUUGAGCGUAUACGCGAGGAGCGGGAGCUCAACCAGAGCUUGCAGCGGACCGAGGUGCCGCGCAAUCAGCUGACGGUGAGUGACUUGGAUGACUUUUUUGCUCAGCGAAGAGAGAACUUUGGAAGUGCCGCCGAAGCCCAUAAUUAUGUGCUCAACUUCAUGGGUAACUUUACCAUGGACGUAGCCUUUAUACGGGGCCUGCAACUGUAUGACACGAACAUCAGCAGUGUCCUGGGUCCGGGCGCCCAGAAGGAAUACGAGUCACGGAUGCGAUCCCUCUGGCAGCUGUACGAACUGGAACAGCAGUAUGUGGCCAACAUUCGAUUGAUCCAGGGCCUGGGCUUGCUCAGUUUCCAGGCAGACGGGGAAAGACUGCACAGCCACUUGGCGAAUGUGCUGGAGAGCCUGGAUAGGCCGUCGUCAUCCUUUCAAUUGGAGGAACAGAAUGUGCAAGAGCUGCAAACGAAUGCGACCUCCAGUGCCUCCUCCUCGAUGCAUUUAAACGAUAUCCGCGAAAUAAUACUGCAGGCACGUAAUGGUUAUGCACUUGCCAUAGUCAAUACCACUGCCAUGCAGGAGUUUGCUCAACGCGUCUACCUCUCGGGCACCACGGAUGCGGCGGGACGCUACCGAGCGCUGUUGGAACCCGAUGAAUUGCGUCAGGAGGAUCGCAUGAGACCCAUGAAGCCGGCCGAGGAGCGUGAACUCUUUCGCUACGCUCGGCGCAUUAUCGAUUUCCGGAAACGUAUGGCCGAGACGGUGGACCGCCUGCAGACGCUAAUGCAGGAGACUCCACGGGCCGCCGCUGCCAAGAGCAAAGAAGUUGCCGCCAGCGAGAACGCACAGCAAGCAACAGGCGAUGCGGAUGUGGCCACUGUGUAUGCUGAGAGCAAAGCCAAAGCGUUGGAGGUGACGACAACGACAACAGCGACUCAAGAUGAGACCAAGCCCAAGAUCCAGAAGGAAAAGAAGCAGCUAACGGAAGCUGCUGUCGAUGCCGAAACGGAGCCCGAGGAGUCCGGUUCCGUUUGGUCGCAGUUCGUGCAAACUAUCCUGCGGAAAACCACUGUGCAGCGGGUGAAGUUCGAUGAGGCCGUCUUGCUGGAGAAGACACGCAAGGCGCUGGAGCGGUAUGCAGACAAGGAGUUGCCUCAUCAUCUCUUCGGUUGCCAUCGGCCGGAAUAUAUCGAGGCCUUUGCCUAUCGGGACUUUUAUCCAGAUGCGCUGUAGUUCCGGGCUCCCAGGACUCCUCCUAAACACGACUGAUAUAUGUAGAUAUAUGUAUUUAGUUAGAACUGGGCUUGGCUUGGCUUGGCUGGGAUUUCGAGUCGAGAAUCCUCAGACAUCUCGCAGAGAUUGGGUACAUACCUCAACCAAAUGGAAGAAGGGGUGACAAUUUUGAUGCUUUUUUUACACUUUUUUUUUUUAACUAAUUGUUGAAAUUAAAAAUAGGUAAAUUUCAAUGUGUUUAGACAAUGUCGUUAAAAGUAAAUUAAGAUAUACCGAUUGAUUCUAAAAGGGAAUUUCCCCCAAGUCUUAUUUUCCAUUUAAGUUCAAAAAAUGUUGUACAUUUCUCUUCGUAAGCAUCAUUUAAGCAUAAACAAACAUUUAUUUAAGAAUAAAUAUAGUUCAAAGAAGCAACAGGAUUUAGACUUGGUCCUGUACCCUCAGUGUAAAUAUCCGCUAAUUAAUUUAUUGCACACA